AUGAAGACAAACUUCGUCUUGAGAAGUGAGCACCAGAACUGCUGUGGGUCCUCCACCGGCCCGCGCAGGAGCGUCCUGUGCUGUGCCAGUGAGAACGCGAAGGCCGAGAGCUUUGACUCUGCCAGAUACCUCUCCAGAUACAAAGCUUCAGGAAAGAUCCACAAGGCUGCAAGCCAGGGCGACGUAGGCAAAGUGCAGAGGAAGCUCUUAGGUGGGAAAAACGACGUGAAUGCCAGAGACAAGAAGAACAGGACUGCUCUGCAUUAUGCAUGUGCCUAUGGACAUCUAGCUAUUGUGGCUCUUCUCAUAGAGAAAUGUGAGAUUGAUAUUUGUGACAGCGACAACAGCACAGCUCUGAUUAAGGCUUCACAAUGUCAGCAUGAGGAAUGUGUGACUCUUCUACUCAAAUAUGGUGCUGAUCCAAAUGUGAGGGACUCCAGUGGCAACACUGCCAUCCAUUAUGCCAUCUACACUAACAAUGUGCCAAUAGCUGCCAAACUGCUUGCAUACAAUGCAAGUAUUGAGUCGCAAACCAAGGAUGGCCUCACACCACUUUUGCUUGCUCUGAAGGAAAACAAACAGCAGAUGGCAGAAUUUUUAAUAGAAAAUAAAGCCAAUAUACACGCAGUCGAUGAGCUGAAUAGAUCAACCCUCAUGUAUGCUGUCCAAUGUGAAUCAAAAUAUAUGGUCAAGUUUCUUCUUCAGCAAGGCGUUGAUGUCUUUUUAAAAGAUGCUUUUGGAUGUCCUGCAUCAUAUUAUGCUCUUAGGAGUCAUUGUAAAGUGGUUAUUAUUCAGGUUAAACACAAAAAGAAGCAGCACAAAAGGAAUGAAAUGAAAAUAUCAUUGAAAAAGCAUUGCUGUGAAGCCCCUGCUGCUGUUGCUGCUGAUGCUGACUUGGAUGAGGAUGGAUCAGCUCCACUGGGAAAUGGCAGUCACAAGCAGUUCCUUACUAAAGGGAAUGGAGAACAUAAGUAA